AUGUCGGCUCCUGUCGACGAGGACGAUUUCUCCCGAAAAUCACUAAAGGUACCCUUUUUCCCAUUUAUUUCAGCUUUUCAAAGCCUUACGGCCCAAAAUUACGUCAGUUGGCUUAUAGCGGAACUUUUUUGUUUUUGUUUACGAAAGAGAUUUCUGAUGCUUUGCAAUUGCGUCCCCUCAAAUAAAGUUCACAAGGUAUUGGGUGAUUUCUUUGCGUCACUCGAAGCUCAGAAUAUGUUUGAAACCGAUGUAAGUUUUAUUUUAAGCUGUGUUGUUCUUUUUUUCAAAAACAAGUCCAUUUACCAAACCCUUUCUACAUUACAAAUGCACCGGUUAUUGGUUUAAUUGUUGAACUUUUUUGACAAAUGAACUUUGGUUGUGAGUAGGAAUUGAAAUGAUGAUUCAUUGAGCACAUGUUCUUCUCUUUUGAAGAUCCUAGCGAGCAAACAAACAAUGCAAUAUGUCAGAUUGAAUCGUUUUCUAGACAAUAGUAUUGAAAUCUUCCCACUUUUAAUUGUUUUUAUUCAUAUUAUGAAACUUUCUUGUUUUUGAUAUACUAAAGGAAAAUUCUGGAAAUCAAAUCUCGCAGAAAGUUUUUGUUUUGAACAAUGUCAAAUGACCUUUUUUGCUUGUUUUUGGCAAAUUCUCAUAGGAAAAUGGCGAAAUUGAAUUACUUUUUUAUCUGCUAUUUGCCCGAAUGCAAUCGACUUGAUUUUUUGGCAUCACAGAAGGAAAAAUUUUACAAAAGCUGCGCUUAUUUUUUUAAAAUACUAUUUUCAGCGCCAAAAAAAGAAAUAUCGAGAUGAAAAAAGGAGGAUCACAAAAGAACUGGUCUCCGCUCUGCAAGACCCGACCGUCGUGGUCAUGGCAGACUGGCUGAAGGUCAAUUAGUUGAAAUCGAGUCCAUUCAGUUCUCUGUCCUGUUUCAGAUCAGAGGCGCUCUCAAAAAAUGGAACAGGUUUUACUGCGUUUUGAAACCGGGACUGUUGAUUAUUUACAAAAACAAGAAAGCUGAUAGGGUCAGUUCAUAUUAUGAGUCUACGACAGAAACUGGAACGUUUUAGGGAGAUUGGGUAGGAACCGUUCUUCUCAAUCUUUGCGAGCUUAUUGAGAGGCCCUCGAAGAAGGAUGGUUUUUGCUUCAAGCUCUAUCAUGUUUGUUUUUUUUUUCAUUUUCGGUUUCAACUUUUUACGAACGGACAAGGUUUGUCGGCAAAAUAUUCAGAAAUUUCUAAAAUUUUCUUGAAAGAACUCUUCCGUCAAUGUAAUCGGGCCCACAAAGCAAUCUCCUUCCCUCGGGACAAUUUCAAACGCUUUCCACAGUUUUUUUUUUCGCUUGUGGUCCCAGGGAAGAUUUGUUCACUUCCGAAACAAAAACAGCAAUUUUUUCAACUGCUUUUCUGGCAGAUGGGAGCGAUUGAAAGCAAUUUUCUACACCCCAAUCGAUUUUCCUUUCAAAGAGGAUGGAAGAAAAAAUGUUCGGUUUUUAAAAUUAUUGAAGCGAAAAUAUGUCAAGUUUAUUGCAGCAGAUUUUCUUUUCAGUUUUUCGACAGCAAGGUAAUACUAUCCCUAUCAAAAAUUCUUUUUUUGUCAAAACUAAAGAAAUUAGUCUGUUUUAAAAAUCAUUGGAGUUGCUCGAAAUUUUGUUAUUCAUUCACAUCUAUGAGCGUAGUCAUCUAAGAAAAAAAUGAUACUUUGAGUAGGUUUGAUCGUAAAUUAUGUAGGAAUUCAAAGUUUUCUACAGAAAAAUGAUAAGGAAGAAAUUAAGAAUUUUUUUGAAGUGACUCAGUAGAAAAGUUACGAAAUAUAGCAAUUUUUUUCCUACUUUAUUAGUUACCAUUUUGAUAAUAUUUGCGAGAAAAAAAUUUCCGGCAAAAAGCUCUCGAUUAAUUUUUUUUCGCAGAGAUUUAAGUCCAAAAAAAGAAAAAAAUUUUUCUUGAAAAUGUGAAAAAAAUUUUUCAGCCAAUGGACAUGAGCAUUUGGGGAAACCGUGGUCCUUUGGGACAGUCCUACGGAAGUUUCUCCCUUAAUCCACUCAACACGUCUCAUCUGAUUUGCCGAGCUUCAAGCGACCAGGUCGAACCCCAAAAAUGUUUCAUGAAUUUUUUAUUUCAAGCUUAUUUUAGGUGGGCCGCUGUUGGAUGGACGCCCUGGAACUCUCUUUCAAGUGCACCGGGCUUCUGAAAAGAACGAUGAACAAAGUUUUCAAAUCUCUUUUUCCAAUUUUCGCAUUCCAUUUUUCAGUUGGGAGAAAAACAAGAUGAUGAAAAUGGAACGGACAACGAAGAAAAUGAUCAACCCACUUCGAAUGAUCUCGACUCUGACGAAGAGACCCGAGAAGAACGUUCUGAAACUGACGCUGAACGACAUUUCCGAGGUACGGAUAUUUAUCGAUGUCAGCUCAAGACAAUUUUCUGCAGAAAUCGAUGAAGCUGAGCAAGAUGAUGGUCAAAAAUCUGAAACGAGUGAAAAUGACGGGUCUUUCGAAGAGAGUGCUUGGGUGCAAAGCGCCAAAGAGACUGUGAGCGUCCCAAAAAGUGUGAAAAUUGAAGAUGAUUUAGUUCGGUACGGGGUCUGGUGACAUAAACGAUCAGAAUAAAUCCAUUAUUUGGGCUUUGCUGAAGCAACUUCGCCCCGGAAUGGACUUGUCCAAAGUUUAUAAUUUUUUUUUCUCAUUUUUCAUCAUUAUUUUUGAGGUUACUUUGCCUACAUUUAUCUUGGAGCCGCGAUCCUAUCUAGAGAAGCUUAGUGAUUUCCAUUAUCAUGCCGACAUGCUGUCCGAGUAAGUUCCUGCUAAAAAAAGAAAAAGAAAUUUUGUACAUAAGAAAAAAUAUUUAUAGAGCAAUAAAUGCGCCAGAUCCGCACCAACGUAUGAUAAAAGUCAUGAAAUACGUACUUUCCGGCUUUUACAAAAAGCCUAAAGGACUCAAAAAACCGUACAAUCCGAUUCUCGGAGAAUCUUUCCGUUGCCGAUGGGACCACCCAGACGGAAGCUCAACGUUUUACAUCGCCGAACAAGUUUGACUCCCACGUCAGUUUUUAAUUUUCAUGCAAAACUCCAGGUUUCCCAUCACCCACCUAUCACUUCAUUUUAUAUAACCAACAGAAAAGUUGGAUUCAACAUCAACGCGACUAUCUUAGCUAAAAGCAAGUUCUACGGAAACAGCAUGGCGGCUCUUCUUAUUGGAAAAAUAAAGUUUAUCUGAAUUGGAAUAACCAAAGGAAGUUGUUAUUGUUGUAGCUUAACUCUCCUGAACCUUGGAGAAACUUAUUCACUCGACUUACCUUACGUCUACUGUAAAAAUCUUUUGGUUGGAACUGCCACGAUGGAACAUGGAGGAGAGGUGAGAAAAAUAUCGAAUACGCGUUUUAAAAAUCCAAUCAAAAUUCAAGAUCAAAAUCGAGUGCAGUAAGACGGGCUACUCUGGUGACUUGGAAUUCCACCUGAAGCCUCUAAUUGGAGGGAAACCGAAUAAGGUGAUCAUGAAGCAAUCAUUUUUUGUGUCACGAAAACAUAAUUUCAGAUUUCGGGGCACAUCAAAUAUGGAUCCGAAACCAUUUCUAAGAUUGAGGGUUACUGGGACGAGCAUAUUACAAUAAAACAUACUGCCGAUGUAGUUUCAUCAUCUUUUAUCAUUUUUUACUUUCUGACUGCAGAAGAAAACGGAAGAUCUCUGGCGAGUGACACCUGAAACUUAUGAAAAGCGUUUGCCUCGUUUUGAAAUCAAGUUCGAAGAUCAACUGGACCACGAGUCAGUGAAACUUUGGAAAAAAGUCAGCGAAGCCAUAGCAGACGAGGACCAGGAACAGGUGCUUUUACCUGACAUUUUGACCAGAAAAGGGCAAUUUUUCAGGCUACUAUUGAGAAAACCAAACUCGAAGACGCUCAAAGGGAAAGAGCCAAGUCUGGGGUACCCCAUCAACAAAAGUAUUUCAAGAAAGUUGGGGACGAGUACGAAUACAUUUACGCAGAGUGAGACACUCAAAUGUUUCGAGAAAAGACGAAAAACUUCAGCUAUCGUCCCUGGGACACGAAUAAUGAUCUGCGACAAGUCGAGUCUAACUACAUCAUUCGCACAAUCGACAAAACCGAAAAAGUCGUUUUGAAAAAGAAAAAUAAAGUGAAGCCUAAUAUGCGUGCUUUUGUGAUAAUUGUAGUUUGUUCGUAGGUCACCCACGCUGAUUCUUAUGACAGCGUUUCCAACGCCAGUGUGGACAUCGAAAGGAAAAAGAAACGCGGGGACGAAGGCGACUUGGAAAAGGCUGUCAAGGUGCGAAAAUUCAAGUUUUUUUUUGCGAAAAUAUUCUGUACAGGUUGCGGGAAAACUUUAUAAAAUCAGAAAUUGAUGCCGAAAGAAAAAGUUAAAAAAGGAAGUUCAAUGACAUGAGCUGAGAAUCUUUGCUGAACGGUAUCAGAUUUACUUUUUUUGCGGCUCGACUAAGGGUACUUUAAGAUAUGUUUCAGUUUCAGCAAUACCUCAAAACAUGGAUUGUUGACUUCUCAUUAAAAAUUUCUUCAUGAAAAAGAAUUUUUUUGUGGGACUCAUCCAGAAAUUUGCAAAUUUGGUUUAUUCACAAUUAUUUAAAAAAAUAAUUUUUUUCGUUUGACAAACAAAUCUGAAAAAUCUAUCCAUUUUUUUGUUCUAGUCAAAGUUUUUAAAUUAUUCAUCACGAAAAAUUGAUCAAACGAAAAAAAGUGACGAAAAAAAGCAGAAAGCAUGAGCACCGGAGUGCGGCGCUAAACUGUCCUUUAAAAUUUUUCCCGUUACGCGUAUGAUCUGUUGCUUGCGUACCUGGCGCAAUAAUCGACGACUGUUUUAAAUUUCGCAAGCAAGGUGUGCUUCCACUUUCAAUGUUGCACUAUCUUCUUAAUUUUAUCACGGAAAUUCAUUUCUGCCUCAAUAUUUUUUUUCAGGAACUUCAACAGAGCGGCGAGACAUCUUUCCGGAAACUUCAAGCCGCUCUCGAACAAGGCUUUUUCGAGGAGCGAAAUGCGCGCCAAAAACAAUUGUACAUAAUUUUGUUUGUUUUCACGAUUAUUCACGCCUCUCUUGUCACUCUUUUUCUCAAAAGAUAG